UUUGUGAUGUUUCUGAAAUUAUGUUAUGUUCGUUUAUUAGAAUGUAUUUAGUGCUCUAAUAUAAGUUAUCAACUUGCAUUGGAGUUGUCAAGAACGUUUAGGAACGUAACCACUUUAGCAACUGUUUCCGCGAGAUUUAUUAUUCGUACGCUACUUGGUACGUCGAUGUAUUUUGUCCGUGUACUCGACGGUACCUCGGGCGGUACUUUUUGUUUACAAAAUGGCAGACUUUCGAACUUCUACUCUCGAUUACUUCCCAGAGAACAUUUUAAUUGAUAUUUUAUCAUAUUUAGGUGUGCGAGAGCUCAUUAGAACUGGAAGGGUGUGUAAGAGAUGGAGACGACUUGUAAAAGACCAAAGACUAUGGCGAGCUGUUGAUUUGACUGCAUGGAAAGGGGUGACAUCGCGCAUGCUGUGGGUUCUUCUGCGCCAGUAUCUGGGCACUGGGCUCCGAUGCCUUCGGCUGCGUGGCCUGCUGCUCUCUGCAAGGGGUGGGGCCUUUCUCUCAGAGUCCUGGCUCAAGGCUCUGUCCUCCAGAUGCCCCCGUCUACGCAGUCUAUCCCUUCUGCAUGCAGACCUGAGGGGCUUGCGCAGUUGCCAACUCCUGCCUGCAACCUUGCAGGUCCUAGAAUUGCGUGGGUGUGAGCUUCCACAGGGCUUUUUUACACAGACUCCACCUAGUCCUGAGAAACAAGCUGGAACAGCAUCGACUGCUGCUGCUCAGCAACGGGGACGGGGCGGUCUGACUGGCAAAGUACCAGCCUCCACAUUAGGGAUCGCCAUUGAGACAGUGGUUCUCGAUAACGUGCCCUCCUUCACAGACCAGCACUUGCAGAGUCUGGCAUCUUGGGAAAAGCUAAGCCGUCUAGAGCUUCGCAAUGUCCUCCGGGUCACAGCAGAAGGCCUGAGGCGCAGUGCUGCCAAAGAGACUGAAUCAGGCUUAAAUGGGCUCAUUAGGCUGAAGUACCUGGAAAUUGGGCACUUUGGGCGGCCAGGCGCACAGCUGCAGAUGGCCUCACUGGGGCUGGGGGUUGGCUGGCUGGGCCUAGAGGAGCUAAGCCUGGGCGGUAAGGAGGUUGGACCAGGCCUGCUUUCUGCCAGCCGUCUGAGGGACCUAAAGCGGCUGCGCCUGAGAUGCUGCAAGUUGAGAGAGAUGCAGGUGCUACGGAGCUGCAGGACAUUGCGUGAGCUGCGCAGGUUGGAAUUCUGUGAGGUGUUCUUCCAGGUUUGCCCGAAGACACCUGAGGGGGAAGGGGAGAGGCAGGGAGAAGGGGAGCAGGGGAGGGAAGAUGCCUCAGAUGGUGGGGACGGGAGCAACGAUAAACUGGACGAGAAUGACCCCGUGCCAAGCCUUCGCCGUUCCCUUGCUGCUCUCCUGCCACAGUGUGCACUUGUGUUUACCAACUGCACUGUAACAAUAACCUCAGACUAGAUUUCGUAUUACUGGAUCUACUGUAUGUCACAAUAUGGUUCCAGUGUAGUAAAAUACAAACAUUCCUCUCACAACUGUAUUGAAUCGGUUUGCAAACAAUCACAUACCUUUUUUUAUUCACACACACAUUUUUCAAAAUAAGAUACCAAUUAUCCCAAUCAAAUUAUAUUUUCAAUACAUUUCACCUGUUGAACACAUUAUGCAAUUGACAGUUGCACAUAUAUGCAUGUGCAAUGACAUUUCAUAAUGUUCUUGAAACAUUUCACCUCAACAGCUACAUAAGCACCUGAUUCCUGUUCUGCAAUUAAAAAAAAAGUAAACAAAGCAAAAUGUGCAGCGCUGGUUAAACCUUUUCCCAAGGUUUCAGAUUUACACCAGAGCAGCACAGCAAUGACCAGUAAACUCUAAAAUGUACUGUAAGUGAAUACUUGCAUUUUCAGAAAGGUUUCAUACUUGAGUUUAUGUUGUGUAAGUUUUGUUACACAUUCUACCAUUAUGUCUACUAAAUGUGAGCAAGAGGCCAAGACAUAAAAUGAAUGCAGUCAAAGUCUGGGGGGAAGGAUAGUAAUAACCACAGCCAAAGCAACAUGUAUGUAUUCAUUUAGAAAUGGCAUUGUACACAUAAAACACCUUUAACCCUUUUACAUAUGAAACCCGUAUGGGCAAAUAUAACUGUACUGGUCAUGAAAUAUUAGAAUGGGAGAAUGGCACCACAUAUGUAUUCAGGAAAUAAUCAUUAAUGAAUACUUUUUUCAGCCAAACAUUUUUCUCUUUAUGUUUGUAAAUAAUUCAGAAAAUAAUAAAUCAGUGAUAUUGGGAUACAGUGAUAUGUUAGCUGGAAAUGUACUAUAUUAUAAAAUUAUCAACUUUACAAAUGAGUUUAACGUGCAUAAGAGAGAGAAGUAACUUAAAACAGAGAUAUGUUACAUAUCCAUAAGAAAAUAGCCUGACACAAUGAUUAAAAACAUUCUAGAUUCUUAGAAUAAGGCCUGCAAACAUAGUUAAAGUGAACGUAGGUGUGGAAUCUCAAAUUACUUUGUAUUAUGAAAGACUCAUCUGUAAACCAUUUGAAAUAAAAUAUUUUAAAACCA